CCAAUCCUUCUGUGUCUGAUCGACAAUCCGAUCAGCAUGCCUUUCAAAUGCCUGUCGAGCGUGUCGAGUCGAACAUUGCCUAUUUCGGAUAGGCUUUCUCUUAGUAGGUUCCGGCGACGUGCUUCUUUUGCGACUUCAACCAUCAUUUCGAAAGACCGUUUCUCGGCACUAAAAGAGCGCCUACCUAACGUUACGUUUUCGACUAAUUCGUAUGAAUUGUACUGGCAUGGCAAAGGCCAAUCCUACCAUCCGUCGGUACCACCAGAUGUUGUCGCAACCCCCGAGACACUCGAAGAUGUCAGGACAAUUAUGCAGUUUUGCGUGAGCGAACGUAUUCCGGUGAUACCAUUCGGGACAGGGACAUCUCUGGAAGGUCACGUGGCUGCACUGUACGGUGGCCUUUGUCUGGAUAUGGCUAAGUUUCAAUCCAUCGAAAUCCCUGAUUUUUCCAGCGCGGAUUUGCCCGAUCCCAUUGCUGUUGUGGGAGCCGGCGUCACUCGAAAAAAACUGAAUGAAGCGCUCCGCCAUACUGGAAUGCAAUUCAUGAUCGAUCCUGGAGCGGAUGCGUCGCUUGGAGGCAUGGUAAGCACUGGGGCAUCAGGUACGGCAGCAGUAAAGUAUGGAACAAUGCGCGAGAAUAUACUGGCUCUGGACUGUGUCUUGGCCGACGAGGAAGCGACUGUUGUAUCGACAGGAAGCCGUUCACUAAAAAACUCGGCUGGCUACGAUCUAUUGUCACUCAUGUGCGGUUCGGAAGGGACACUUGGAGUCAUUACAUCGGUGACGGUCAAGCUACACUCCAUUCCGGAAUAUGUGAUUGCCGCGGUUUGUUCGUUUAGUAGCUUGUACGCAGCGGCACAGGCGGUAGCAACCUUGAAGCUCAGCAACAUUCCCGUCUCUCGUUGCGAGUUGCUUGAUUCUGCAAGUGUGGAGGCUUUUAACGCUUAUAACAAGGAAAGCAGGCCUCUCUUAGUACGACCGACGCUGUUUCUUGAAUUUCAAGGAGCAAGCGAACUCGUUUUGCAGGAGCAAGUUUCCAACACGCAAUCAAUAUGUGUGCAUGAUUUUGGAGGUUCUCACUUUUCAUUUGCCUCCAAUGAGCAGGAUCGAAAAGCGCUAUGGUCAGCUCGUCAUUCUUUGUACUAUGCAGCGAUUGCUUUACGGCCAGGGGCAACGGAUGCAUUGGUGACAGAUGCAUGUGUGCCGCUGUCUAAGUUUGCAAGUCUUAUUAGUGAGACGGCAGCGGACGUCCGAGAAAAGGGUGUGAUCGGGCCGUGUUUUGGGCACGCUGGCGACGGGAAUUUGCAUUGUAUUCUACCAAUUUUAGAACAAGAGUCGGCAGAUUACCUGCUUAAAGUGGAACAGGUAAACGAGAACCUUAUCAAACGUACGCUGGACGCUGGGGGCUCAUGUAGCGGUGAACACGGAGUCGGCUACGGCAAAAUCAAAUACCUUGAGCGCCAAUAUGGUCAAGGCGCAGUUGAAAUGAUGAAACGGAUCAAGAAAGGGUUAGACCCGUACAAUCUAAUGAAUCCCGGAAAGGUUGUAUCGGUGUAGAGAAAAAACUGAUGAUGCUGAGCAAUGAAGCUCGACCAGAUUGAAGUGUGUGCUAGAGAACUUUUCCAUUCCAGUGGUGCUAUCUGAAGAUCCGCAGGAAUAAUUUCGAAACAAUUCAUGGACCGACAGAGAAUCGUGGACAUGCAAGCUCCAUAUUCGUUAUUUGAAAAAGAGCUAACAGUUUCCUCGUUUUUUAUACUCCAGUAAAGAGACCCUACAAGCUUUGCAUGUAUAUUGCCGAAGCUCUCUAGCUAGAAAGUGUUGUGGUCGACCAGGAACCGGUGUGUCUUCAACGCGAAUCUCGGUUUUGAUAGCAUAGCUCACAACAGUCCAUGCGGAGCACAGUCAACUCUUUACAUUUAUGUAACUGAAAAUGUAAACCCCAACCAGUUUUGUCAUGUCAAU